AGCUCUUUCUUCAGCCGACCGCCGCCAUCAUGGAUCGCAUGCACGCUCCCGGGAAGGGCCUGUCCCAAUCGGCGCUACCCUACCGCCGCAGCGUCCCCACUUGGCUGAAGUUGACGUCUGACAACGUGAAGGAGCAGAUUUACAAACUGGCCAAGAAGGGCCUGACUCCCUCACAGAUCGGUGUGAUCCUGAGGGACUCCCAUGGUGUGGCACAAGUACGCUUUGUGACAGGCAAUAAAAUCUUGAGAAUCCUUAAGUCGAAAGGGCUUGCUCCUGAUCUUCCUGAGGAUCUCUACCAUUUAAUUAAGAAAGCAGUUGCUGUCCGAAAGCACCUCGAGAGGAACAGAAAGGUCAGAGAGUGCAUGUAA